GCUACUGAAACAACUUCAUCUAACUUUGGAAACUUAUCAAAUAAUAAUACUUUGGCAUAAAAUAAGGAGACUGUAAUGCAUGGCGACAGCAACAGAAUCAGCUCCUUUAGUGGAACGAGCUAUACCUACUAUAAGAUUUGCUGACGACAGCAUAGACUUAAACGUACCAGAACCAGCUGAUAGCCCUACAAGUACUUUUAGUGGGAACAGUUUUAAUUCCUAUUUUCCCGAAUUUUUACGCUCUCAUUCUUUUGCCAGUGAUCAAGAUUCUGAUUUUGAUGAGCUAGAUGGACUUCCAGAUGUUGAAUUCCCGGAAUGCCACGGAUUUGAUGUCACAGACGGUGAAAACCAUGCAGCAAAAGAAAUACCAUUCAAAGAUGUUCAUUCGCCAUCUGUGCCAUUUGGAACUAUCAGAAGAAAUUGUUGGAUUCAAGGCGUACCAAUCCAAGUAAAGAUAACAUCAUAUGAAAGACAUCAAGCUCAUAUCAAAAUCUUCAGUCCUUAUUUGUACACUAUAGCCAUAAAACAUGGAGAAUUUGAAUGGACGAUUCGUAGAAGAUACAAACAUUUUACACAUCUUCACCAACAACUUCAACUGUACAAAGCCAAAUGUAGUCUGCCAAUGCCUACAAAAUCUCAGAGAAGAAGAAGACAAAGUGUUAAAGGAACCAGAAACAAAAUUCCAAGAUUUCCAAAGAAACCAGAACUUAUGGCAAGGGAUAUGGAAAAAAGAAAGAACUAUUUGGAAGAGUAUUUACAGAAUCUAGUGAAUAUAAACGUCUACAGGAGUCAUCAUGAAACUUUAAAGUUUUUCGAAGUAAGUCAGCUGUCAUUUGUUAAGAAGCUGGGUAAGAAAUGGCGAGAGGGGGCAAUCAGGAAAUGUUCUGGUGGACGGAGGAUUAGUAUAGGCUGUUGUGGAUGUCUGAAAAAAUUCCACUUUGCUGGCAACUGGAAGAAAAGAUGGUUAGUGGUCAAAGACUCCUUUGUUGCUUACAUCCGUCCAAGAGAUGGUUUGGUAUGUGAUGUCAUGCUGAUGGACACCGAUUUUAAAAUUGAAACAGGAAUGGGUGCAACUGGUGCUCCACAUGGUUUACUGAUUAGCAAUCUCUCAAGGAAUUUAUUAGCUAAAUGUUGGACCAGUAGAAAAGCUGAGGAAUGGAAGGCUAGUAUAGAAACAGCUGUAUCUACUGGUAUGGGCAGCGAUUACACUAAGAAAAAUAGAUUUAAUUCAUUUGCACCUGUAAGAGAAAAGUCAUAUGCAAAAUGGUUUAUAGAUGGUAGUUCCUACUUUAGUGCUGUAGCAGAAGCCUUAGAGAGCGCCAAAGAGGAAAUAUUUAUUACAGAUUGGUGGUUGAGUCCUGAAAUUUACUUGAAACGUCAUACUAUGGAUUGGAAUAGAUGGAGACUAGACAAAGUUUUGGAGAGAAAAGCUAAAGAAGGAGUUAAAAUAUUUAUUUUAUUGUACAAAGAAAUGUCAGUAGCAUUAAAUAUCAGUAGUAUCUACAGCAAACAUAUUUUAUCAAAGGCAUGUCCAGAAAAUAUCAAAAUAUUACGACAUCCUGAUCAUGGAGCGGGUGGUGUUUUACUGUGGGCUCAUCAUGAGAAAAUUGUAUGUGUGGAUCAAAAAGUAGCAUUCCUCGGUGGCAUUGACCUGUGUUAUGGUAGAUGGGAUGAUGCACAACACAAAUUAACAGAUUUAGGUUGUGUUAUCUAUGACCAUGGCACUUCUGUACAGAUAAAUGGCCAAGCUGUAACAGGUGAGGAUGAUAAUGAAGGUAUAACUAUAUGUGUGACACCACCUAGUCCGAAUCGUCAUAAAGAUUUAUACACUCCAGACGAGCCUAAAUCUUUGCCAAAUCAAACUGAUAAUCAGGAAUCUUGUGUGUGUUCAGGACACAGAGCAGAUAGUCCUCAUGGCUAUGCUUAUGCAAAUGAUACCGAGGAAAGUACGGCUGAAAUCAAUCAGCAAGAUGCUUAUAAACAUUCAGACUCUGUCAUUCCAAAUAUAUUAGAAAUAGAUGUGCCUUCAGGUAAUUGUGAUUAUAAUUCUGAGGAUGAGGGAGUGGAGGAUGGGACCAAGAUUGUUAAUCAACAGGAAGUGUCUGUCACAGUUCAUGAAAUCGGUUCUCAACCUUCUGAUGAAGAAAAAAUGAGAAAUAUUGUUAAUUAUAUGCAAAAUCAAGCUUUUGCUUCUAAAGCUAAAGCUGUAAUACAGAAAAAUGCUCAACUAACUUUGAAUUGCUCAAACGUUCUGGAAGACAAAACCUGCCAAAGAGAACAUAAGGAGAGUGAAAAAAAUCAUUUGAUAAGACAAGAGGAAAUUACAGAAGAUACUUCAACAGCUGACGGCAUACAAAGGCCUAAGUCAGCAAAAGAAUUUAGGAUGGAAUUAGAGAAAAAUAAAAAAAUAAAACUAAAAAAUAAUUCAAGUGAGAAUAAAAAAGAUGAAGGCAGAAAGAGUAAGACAAAGUCUAAAAUAAGUGAACAUGGGAUAGUUGAAAAAGGUUUUAAAAAAUUAGAAGAGGAUUUGCCUGUCUUCAUUGAUCCUAAUGAGCUGCCAUCAAAGAAGAUAAGAAAUGAUUCUGGAGAGGUUCAAAUGAGGAAAAAAUCUCCCUCGCCUAUGGAGGUUAAUAAGGAAACUUCAACAAAAGUUACAGCAUCAAGGGAGAGUUGGGCAAAAAAAAAGUUAAGAACCUCCUUAUCUAAAGCUCAUAAUAAGGAAGAUAACAAUAAUAAAGAUACACCUCACGACGGUGAGGAGGAAGUGGAUGAACACAUACGUAAACGCUGGCGUUUAGUUCUAAACGUACAGAAAUUUGAAUCAACACUGCAAAAACCUCAAAAGAUAGCUGGAUUUCCAGAAUCAAAGAAACAGCCUUUAUCAUCCAAAAUAUCAUCUAAAAUUAAAGAUAGAAUAAGACAUGAUAGAAAAGACAGUUUAGAUGGAAUUAACAGUUUAGAUGGAAUUAAAGAAGAGCUUGAUUAUUUAGACACACCUGCCAUCUUACAUAAAACUUCUAGUGAAAUGAAGAUAGAUGAGUUAGGACUGGUUGGAUCCAGUAAGAUGUGGAUUGGAAAAGAUUAUGUCAACUUUAUAUAUAAAGAUUUUGUGGAUUUACAUGAUCCAUUCGAAGAUUUUAUUGACCGAACACAAACUCCAAGAAUGCCUUGGCAUGAUAUAGGUGGAGUUGUCUAUGGGAAAACAGCCAGAGAUGUUGCCAGACACUUUAUAGGGCGCUGGAAUAUGACAAAGGUAGAGAAGGCGAAAAACAAUCGUAACUUUCCUUUACUGGUACCAAAAGGAUACACUCCACACAAUCUGGUUCCUCAGGUUAUAAGGGACCAGUGCGAUGAAGUUAAAUCACAGAUACUUAGAAGUGCUGGUGGUUGGUCAUGUGGUAUACAGAAACGGGAGACAUCAAUACAGACGGCAUAUUUACAUUGUAUAGAAAGUGCUAAACAUUAUAUCUACAUUGAGAAUCAAUUCUUCAUCACAUAUAUAGGGGACCAUGCAGUUGUUAAAAAUGAAAUAGGUGAAGCUUUAUUUAAAAGAAUUGUCAGAGCUCAUAGGAACAAUGAAACAUUCCGUAUAUAUGUUGUUAUGCCAUUAUUGCCUGCCUUUGAAGGAGAAAUAGGAAAAUCUGGUGCCUAUGCUAUUAAGGCCAUCACUCAUUAUAAUUACACUUCUAUAUGCAAAGGACCACAGUCACUGUGGCACAAUUUAGCGAAAGAAGGUAUAGAACCAUUAAAUUACAUUACAUUCUGUGGUUUGAGGACACACACUGAGCUCAAUGGCAAAUUGGUCUCAGAAUUAGUAUAUGUGCAUAGUAAGCUAAUGAUUGUUGAUGAUGACACUGUUAUUAUGGGAUCAGCUAAUAUCAACGACCGAAGCAUGCUGGGAGAUAGAGAUAGUGAAAUCGCUGUCAUGUUUCAGGACAUACAUAAACACAAAGUUAAAAUGAAUGGUGUCGAACAUAUGGCAGGCAAAUUUGCAUCUUCAAUGAGAAAAAAUUUGUUCAGGGAACACCUAGGAAUAGAUCCAUUAGACAACACUAUAGACUUAUCUGAUCCAGUUAAUGAUGUGUUCUACAAAAACUUCUAUCUUAGUGUAGCAACAGUCAACACUGGGAUAUAUGAAAAGGUGUUCCGGUGUCUUCCUAACAAUCAGGUGCUUUCAUUCAGCGAAGCAGAUGCAUAUAUGCAAGAAAAAUCAAUGGCCGAGACAGAUCCAGUGACUGCUCGUCAAGAAUUAAAAAGAAUACGAGGCUAUCUUGUCUUAAUGCCACUUAAAUUUCUAGACAACGAGAACAGUAUCAUUCCAUUUGGGGGAAAAGAGUCAAUUUUACCAAUUUCAGUAUGGGUUUGAUUGUUAUUUUUGGUGAUUUAAUAAAAUUUUAUUUUAUAUGUAGAUUUUUAUUGAAAUGAAAAUAAAUGGCUAAUUUUCUGCAAAAUGUUUGGAGUAAUAAUAACAACUUUAUAUUGUCAGUUCAGUAAAUAAUUAUCUUGAUUUUUUUAACUUGAUUUUAAUUAGAUUUUAUUAAUUUUGAAAUGUAUCAUGCAAAUUAUUUCAUGCAAUGUUAUGAAAGUAAAAACACAAUUAGAAACUUUAUUAGAAUGGAGCUACAAAAGGAAUUAGAAUAUUUAUAGUGAUGUAUAAAAUGUGUGUAUUUAUUCAUCAUUUGACGCAUUUCAAUUAUUGGUAUUCAUUAUCAUUUUCUUUGGUGAAAUACUACAUAAUAAAGUUAUCAUAUUUAAAUGAAUUACAUUCUCCACAACAACUAAUUCCCAGUGAUAUGUUAUUUUUUUUAAUUGUUUAAUUUUAUUAUUAUUUACAUUUGAUUUUGUCCUGAUAUCAAUUAAAGUCAUAUUUUUCAGCCGUUCAUUCAUUUUUUUAGAAAAUCUUCAUCAUAUACUAAGCAUCACCAUUUUCAUACAAUCUUUAACCUGCCCACUGGCAAAGCUGGGCUAUAUAUUGAUGGGAUGUCCAUAUGUCUGUAUAAUACUGUGAUUUUCCUAUUCACAUUUCAAGCUCAUUCAUUGAAUUACUAUAUCAAGAAAUUUUCCAGUACUUAAAUUCUUAAAGGUGUUGCAUUAUUCCUUUUUAUUUAAUUUACAAAAUAUAAGAAUAAAGUGCCUGUUUUCACAUAGUUAUAUGUUUACUUUCAUAUCUUGCCACUUUUUUCCAUAUUGCAUCUUGAAUCUCAAUUAUAAAAAUAUGUUUCACUGUAUCAGUGCUUUCAUUCAUGAUUUUUAUAAAUUAGUUUUUUUAUUAUUUGCAUUGGAAAAAAAGUUUCAUUAGAUAGUCAUGGACUUGUUUAGAAUCCCUUUAAUUUUAGCAAAUGAAAUAUGUUACUUAACCAAGAAUUAUGGGCAUUACCGACAAAAUUGUACAUUUGAAGAUGUGUAUAUCAAAUUGUACAUUUGAAGAUGUGUAUAUUAAAAUGUACAUUUGAAGAUGUGUAUAUUAAAUUGUACAUUUGAAGAUGUGUAUAUUAAAUGUACAUUUGAAGAUGUGUACAUUAAAUGCACAUUUGAAGAUGUGUAUAUUAAAUGCACAUUUGAAGAUGUGUAUAUUAAAUGCACAUUUGAAGAUGUGUAUAUUAAAUGCACAUUUGAAGAUGUGUAUAUUUUAGUAGUGUCUGUCAACAAUAAUUCUUAGAUAAUAAUUUCAUCACCAUUUUCCUGCAUUUGUCACAGUCACAUGACUGUGUAGAGAUAUUUGUAAUAUUUGUUAUUAGUUUUUUUUCUUGAAAUAUUGUUGUUAACUUGUUAUGAAAAGUUAUAUGUAUAUAAACAGAGUAUUAUUUAUUUUUAUACUAUCAUGUACAUUGAUGCAAGCAUCUCAUAUUGUUUGAAGUUAAGAUUACAUAUAAUAGACAUAGAUAUAUAUGAUGGAUUUUAAAUAGUUUUUAGAUAAAAAGGUAGACUAGAAGUGAUAAAACUGCUCAAUUUAUAACAAUGGCAUAGUUAAUGUUAAAAAUGGCUAAACAAAAAAUUGCCAAGUAUCUCUCUAAAUUUAUGAGGCAAUUAAUGGCUUCUAGAAACAUUGUUUCUAAUUUACUUACUAAUUCAAAGUUCUAAAAUCUCUUCAUUUUUUGUUAGGUUUGUUUCUUGUGUCAAAUAUCUAUACCAAUAAUCUCCUUUCAAUUGUUAACUUGACCUAAGGUUUACAAUUAAAGUGAUUUUCACACUCUACUAAUACCAUACUUUUACCAAUUGUAUUACAAAAAUAAAUUAGCGAAAUAGCUUCGUUGUUUAAGCCCCAGUCCCACUGGACCACGAUCGUACCAGGCUCACAGCGAUCUAAAAUAAAUUUAGAUCGUGGUGAGGUCGCGGUAUGAGCGGCAUGAAAAUGUUAAUUUUCGUUGCUUUCACAAUGCUAUUACGUCCUAAUUACGCUUCUACAACGCUCCUGUUCUCACCACGCUUAUUCUGCGACCUCACUACACUUAUAAAGAGCUUUCUACGCUCUUCACAUUCUCACUACGACCAUACCACGAGUUAUCCAAUUGCAACAUGAUCUUACUGUGAUUAUAGCACGUUCUUACCACGAAUAUACUACGUUGAUACCACGAUUUUACUACUUUCUCAGCAAUACCGUCAAUACUGUGUUUCAUAUCAAUAUAGUUCCAUUUCUUCUAUUUCUGAUUAAAACGGAGAUUUCUCAGAAACAAUACAGUCAUGCCACCAAAAUCUACUAGAAAACGUGGAAUGGUGGUAGGGGUUGAUGUAGAGGCAGUGGGAGCAAAGUAUGAACGCCAUACUAGACUCCAAAUAGUACACAAGAAACUAAAAUUUAAAAUAGUACAAGACUAAGAAAGCCCAGAGGCUCCUGACUUGGGACAGGCGCAAAAAUAGUGGGGUUAAACAUGUUUGUGAGAUCCCAACCAUCCCCCUAUACCUCUAGCCAAUGAAGAAAAGUAAAAGCAUAACAAUACGCACAUUAAAAUUCAGUUCAAGAGAAGUUCGAUUCUUAUGUCAGAAGAUAUGACUAAAGAAAAUAAACAAAAAGACAAUAAUACAUAAAUAACAACAGACUACUAGCAGUUAACUGACAUGCCAGCUCCAGACUUCAAUUAAACUGAUACUAUACACAUAAGACCAAUCAAACCUAAAUUACAAUCUAUUGCUGGUUCAUAAAGCUCAAAUGAAGAUAUUUUAAUGAAAGAUAGCAGAGAUGACACAGAUGUGUCAAUAUAUAUAGGAAGAUGUGGUAUGAGUGCCAAUGAGACAACUCUCCAUCAACGUAAAAAUCUAUAAAAGUAAACCAUUAUAGGCUAAGGUACGGCCUUCAAUAUGGAGCCUUGGCUCACACCGAACAGCACGCUAUAAAGGGCCCAAAAAAUACUAAUGUUCAACCAUUUAAAUGGGAAAAAACAACGGUCUAAUCUAUAUAAAAUUGAGAAGCAUGGUUGAGCCGUUGGAGCAAAUGGAUAAAUACAUUCAGACAAACAAAAUCUAGGGAGUUUUUUUAUAUAUUUUAUGUGAAAAUGACAAUAAAAAUGAUGGUUGUAGUGUGAAAGUAGUAAGGUCCUGAGAAGAGCGUGCUAGGAUCGUACUAUGGUCGUGAAUAGCGUAGUUGGGUCGCGGUGAGAACGUGAUGGUCGUAGUAAGGUCGUGAUAAGGUCACUGUGAGAUCGUAGCGCAAUCUCUCCGAAUGGAAUCACACUUUCGCUACGCUCUUGCUACGAUUGUACAGUGACCUUUCAAUCUUACUACAAUCUUAGUGCGCUCUCACUAGGCUUCUACUACGACCUUAUUUUGCCACGACCUCACCACAAUUGUUUUGAACAAAGUUGGCCACGCUCUUCACGAUCUUGAAGACCUCAACACGACCGUGGUACUACCUUACUGUGACCUACACGAUCGUACCACGAUCAUCAAAAUUUGCAUUUUUUCACAGAUAGUGGGACUGGCGUAUUAAGGAGUAAAAUACAGCAACAAUUAUAAAACGAAAGGAGUUUCAGAUAUAGUUUUUUUAAUGUUCCUUAAAUUUAUAAACAAAAAGUCUUAAGAAAUGCUGUGUUUCAGUCUUGCCAUGAAAUGAAUUUACUUUUUUUUUUUAUCUCAAAUUGUAUAUAUAAGGAAUAAUUAGAAAUACUUGAGUAACUGUUUUAUGCCUGUUUAAACACUUUUUCGAAAUUAGAGCAUUGCAUAAAUUGUUAUAGUAUUGUUAUAGUGUUAUAAGUACCAUACAAUCCUUAUAUUAAGUAUAUAUUGUAUGAUGGAUGAUGAUUUCUCAUCAUGUUUUUUCCAGAUAAUAAUAAGUGGUCAAUGACAUUUUUUGGUCAAAUGAAAAAAAGUAUUUUUUGUAAUUGAUUUUUUUUUUGCACUGUUUAUUUUAUUGUUCAUAUCAGACUAUAUGCAAUGAAUUUUAAACUGAUUAUUUCUACGCCUCAUAUAUAAAUCCAUGCCUUACAUCAAAGUGCAUUGUUCUAAUUGUUUCUCUGAGCACUUGGUCUUCCUCCACUAAUAUAAAACAUGCUACCAUGAUACAUCCAAGAGUGUUGAAAGUGAGGUUAAACACCAACAAUCUGUUAAAAGUAUUAUUGCUUUUUUUUUAAAUUUUCCUUUUAUCUUGCUGACUGAUUAUUUCCUUUCUGAGUGGAGUCGAGUGAUAUGAAAAUUAUUGCUAGAAACUUAAGGAGCAUGUGGCUUUGCUAAUGAAAUUGACAAUGUUGUAAUAGGUAAAAAAGCGAUAAACAGAUUAUCAGUGGUCAUCUCUACUUAAUUGCUGUUCUCACUUUUGCCAUGCCAACUCAAGCAAGAAAAUCAAUUUUGCUGAAAUGAUCAAUGAUAAUCUUUAAAUGUCAACUAUGCUUUUCUGGUCCUGUUUGAAUUAUUAAUAUCUUAAGAUGGCAAGUACUUAAAUAUCAGCUAGUCCCAAGAUUCUGAUUUAUUGUGAUGAUCUAUUUAUAGAACACUGCAUAUCAAAAUAUAUGGUGAAGGACAAGAUCACUAGAUUUUUACAGCUUACAACCAUGUAUAAUCCCUGGGUUUAUAGACUUACAGACCAUAUAGUUUUGCCAAUGUCUGUUCCUAUGUCAUUGAUAACUACAAUAUUUGUGCAGAGUUUUUAAUCAUUUUUAUAGUUUUAUUAUUUAAUUGUAAAAUUAUUAGUUACAGUUUGGGUUUUACUUGGUCGUCAUUGCCAUCUAUGAAAGUCUAAAAAAAUAUGCAGUCAUAUAUGAUGUCUUCAAUAGAUUCUUUCAAGAUGAUGGAUCAAAUGUAGCAAAGGUCAUGUUUCUAGGUAUCUGUCUAGAUUUCUUACAGGAGAAAGAAAGAAAUUAAAACAUAUUUUAAUGUUUCCCCCUUUAAUUGAGAAACAUAAGACCUAUUACUUUGUUCUCUAAAACUGAUCUCUCCCUUAUUAAAAAUCUUGGUUCUAUCCCAAUGUAGAAUAUAAAAAUAAUAAGAUGUGAUAGACACAAAAUCGAAGUAAGCAUAGAUAGGUAUAAGGGCCAACACUUGACAACAGGAAAUUUAGUAAAGGAUCUCUAAUUAAACUAUAAUAUAAGGUUUUCAAGAAGAUUUCAUUAUGAAAUUGUAUUUAUGGAUAAGUAAUUUUUUCUUUUCUUAGUUGUAUUAUAUUAUUUAUUUUAUUCAUUAUAGAUCAUCAGUCUCCUUAACAGGGUAAACUGUAAGUUGCUUGUAUUGAGAUUAAGUUGCUUGUAUGAUUGAUUAUUGUAUAACAAUAUAUACAUAGCUAUUAAAACAGUUGUUUUAGUAUUAGAAAAUUUUUACUUGGCUAAAUUAUCUAAGUAAAUGUAAUUUUGAUUUUGAUUUUGUACUUUAAUUUAGCUUUGCUACUGUUUAAUUUGAUUUUUUUUAUAGUUU